CUGUGACGCGGGGAGGAAACUCGACAUGUAGAGAAGCUCGUCCUUUGGAACUAAAGUGACACGGAUUGCGACGGGGAAGUUUCUUUUUUAUGUAAAACUGCUUUAUUUAUUUAAGACACUUACAUAUGAUAAGGAAACCCGUUCUCGUUUCCAGGAAUGUGUGGUUUGCAUUAUUUUCUCCAUUACGUUUUUUAUGGAUUUCCAGUAUUCCUAUGGUUUUACUGACAGAUUGGGGUACUGCUGACAGGUGAAUUGUGUAGGUAUCCAGACGCCGACAGACGCCACUUUGCCUGCGUCGGACAUGGGACCCUGUGCUUGGAUCGGGGGCUACUUCACGGGAGGAAUUGUGCAGCCCUGAAUAACAGCUGGAUCAGGCGACAACGUGAAAGCAGGGACUGCGCUCAGUGAAGAUGCGUUACAACCGCGGCUUCGUCUUGCUGCUUUUAAACGGGACAGCUUGCAUACUGGCCCUUGGACAGGAAGACCCCUCUCCGAGUUUCAAAAGCUCCCCGAGCGAGCACUCCAAGUCGGUGGGAGUCUUGGACGGGCCCAGCCUCUCUCCGCUGAGCCGGUGGAUGAUGCACAGCAAGAGCCGGGCGGCCAACACCACAACACUGGAGCUGCCGUACCGUGCUCCCGUGCCCCUGUCCAAGCAGGAAUUCUGGGAGAUGCUGGGUAGCGAGGCGCAGCCGGACUCCACCGCCUCACGCACCAAACGCCGGCCCAUCGUCAAGACAGGCAAGUUCAAGAAGAUGUUCGGCUGGGGAGACUUCUACUCCAACAUCAAGACGGUGCGUCUGAACCUGCUCAUAACAGGCAAGAUCGUGGACCACGGCAAUGGGACCUUCAGCGUCUACUUCCGGCACAACUCCACGGGGCAGGGCAACAUCUCCGUCAGCCUGGUGCCGCCUGUCAAGGCCGUGGAGUUCGACCUGGAACGCCAGAGCGUGGUCUACCCCAAGGACUCCAAGAUCUUCAACUGCCGGGUGGACUAUGAGAAGGUGGACCGCAACAAGAAGACCUCGCUUUGCAACUACGACCCGUCCAAGACGUGCUUCCAGGAGCAGACGCAGAGUCACGUCUCCUGGAUCUGUUCCAAGCCCUUCAAGGUCAUCUGCAUUUACAUCUCCUUCUACAGUACGGACUACCGUUUGGUCCAGAAGGUCUGUCCAGACUACAACUACCAUAAUGAGAUGCCCUACCUGCCCUCAGGUUAGAGACGGGGAGCAGCUCUGGCAGGGCGGGG